AUGGCGCCCUCAAAGCAAAUCACCGUCACACCUCGAUAUCUCCUUCCCCGGUUGACCUGGAAUGGUACACCCCGCAUCACCAUCACAGCCAUCCAAGGCGCGCCCAUCUCAACUGUCCGUCCGCAGGCCAAUAAAGCGGAAGAAUAUCAUCUAAAUAGUCGAAAAUAUCAUACUCCAUCGGCUCCGGCACGCAGGUCCUCCGUUUCAUCUUCUUCCCGAUUCUCAUCCUUGACAACGUCAUCAUCCGCCCCUACCACGAAUUCUACAAAUAAUGACAGUACGCCCAUCCGGCAUAAUGGCGUUUAUGUUGCCGCAUUCAACCCUGCGCGGCGCGCAUUUCAUGCGUCGGCCAUUAGGAGCCGUGACCACCAUUUCGAUACCCUCAAAUUCGUCCAAAGACUGAAGAUGGAAGGCUUCAGCGAAGAACAGGCGGUUGCCAUGAUGAAAGUGCUUAAUGAUGUGAUUCAAGAGUCGAUUCAAAACUUAACGAGGACUAUGGUUUUGAAAGAAGACUCCGAGCGAGCGACAUAUACACAAAAAGUAGACUUUGCAAAACUGCGAUCCGAACUCUUGAACUCCGACUCAACAGAAGCACAAUUAACACGCUCCUCGCAUGAACGACUAGCAGCAGACCUGGCCAAAAUGAACUCCCGGUUACGAGACGAAAUCAGCCGUACACAAGCCUCCGUGCGAUUAGAUUUGAAUCUGGAGAAGGGCCGCAUUCGCGAAGAAGCCAAUAGUCAGGAGAUGCGAAUCAAGGAGACCGAGACAAGAAUUGAGCAGGAAGUAGCAGGAUUGAGAGAGCGAGUGCAAGCUGUGAAACAGUCGACUUUGCAAUGGCUAGUUGGUGUUUGCACUGGUACCGCUGCCCUCAUUAUCGGUGCUUGGCGCUUGUUGAUGUAA